AUGAAGAUGGUGAUUGAUAAUAUUGUCUCCCCUAAACAGUCAGCUUUUACUCCGGGUAGAAAUAUCACUGACAGUAUACUUAUGAUUAACGAGGUUCUGGACUUGGCCAAAAUAGAAAAGAGAAGUUGUAUGGCGCUAAAAGUGGAUUACGAGAAAGCUUAUGAUAGCGUAAGUUGUAACUAUCGUAGAUUCCUGCUCAAUAAGAUAGGAUUUGGGCUGGAAUGGAUGAGUUGGAUAGAGGCUGUAGUGUUCAACAGUUUGAUGUCGGUUCUAGUGAACGAGAGCGCGAAGGAGGGUUUUAAGGUGGAAAUAGGCUUGCGCCAGGGAGAUCCCCUAUCUCAUUUCUUAUUUUUUAUAGUGAUGGAGGGUUAA